AUGUCCAAGUUGCGGCUCGAAGUAAUCGACGACGCGCCCUGUUCCACCCGCGGCGCCGCGGCUACCGGGGCCGCCCCCGAGGCGGCGGCCGGCACGCCGCGGCUCUCCCCGCCGCACCUCGCGCGGCUCCUCGGACCGAAGGAGCCGACCGCCGCCGACUGCAACCAGGACGACGCCAACGAAGCCGCCACAGCCGCAGCGCGGGCGGCGGCGGCCGAGUUCGCCGGAACGGCCCCAGAGGGCGCCAGGUGCUACAUCUGUCUCGAGGGCGGCCCGGGCCUGGUGCGCGGAUGCGCGUGCCGCGGGACGGCCGGCUACGCGCACGUCGGGUGCCUCGCGGCGCACGCGCGGAGCGCGCACACGUUCGCACGCUGGCAGGCCUGCGGCCUCUGCAAAAACGCCUACCAGGGCGCGACCGCGAUGGCCUUGGCGACGGCGGCGUGGGCGACGUACGUGAGCGCGCCGGAGCACGACGACCGGCGCCUCUCGGCGCAGGUCGAGCUUGCCGGGCAGCUACUCGCGGCAGGACGCUUCGCGGAAGCGCGCCCGAAGCUCGAGGCGGGCCUGCAGACGUGCGCCCGCGUCGGCGACGACGCGCGGGCCCUGGUCGUGACGGCGAACCUCGCGCUGUCCUACCACCUCGAGGGCCGCGCCGAGGACGCCCUGCAGCUGACGCGGGCGGUCUUCCGCGAGCAGCGGCGCCUGCGGGGGCCGCGCCACCCCGAGACGCUCCUGGCGGCGAGCAACCUCGCCGGCCUCCUGCUCUCCCGCGGGAACGCCGCCGAGGCGUUGGGGCUCCUGCGCGAGGCGCGGCGGAACGCCUCCGGCCUCGCGCGCGACUCGGACGUCAGAUUACGCCUCACGUACAACAUCGCGCACGCGCUCUGCGCGACGGGGAAUCACGGCGAGGCCGAGGCGCUCGCCGAGGAGAAUUUGAUUCUGCAGAAUCGUGUGUAUGGCGCCGCCCAUCCCAACGCGGCCGCCGCGCUCGAGCUCGUGGGCCACGUCCGGGCGGGCCUCGCCGCGCAAGCCGCCUGA